CAUAGUAGUAAGAAGAAGCAUUUCCUUGAUUGUUUGAUUGUAUUGUCACCGAAAAAGAACGUUUUUACUGCAAAAAUUAAUUACAUUUAUUAACUUUAAGUGAAUUUUUAAUAUAUUUACAACGCCACACUGCAGUACACCCACAUAUUUACAAAAUACCAUAGGUUCGAAGGGAAGACGCAAAAGAAAACGACGAAUAGAGGACAAUAUAUAUUUUUUACCUGCAGAAAAAAAGACGGUAGAGAAAGGAAUAGAACAGAAGCAGCAGCAGCAGAGUUUAUAUAAAAGUUAUACGGCGGUCUUGAAAAAAUAAUGGCUAAUGAAAAUGACCAACAGCAUCAUCCGUCUACGUCUACACAUAGCGCAAGUGAUUUACAAACGGACUGUGAAAAGAAUGCCUUGGAUUCCAUGAAAGAUAGAGAGGACUGUGGUGGUGUUGGCAGCGGUGCAGCUGCCGUUGGCUGUUCAGGGACAACCACUGGCGAACCCAAAGAAGAUGCUGAUAACAAAGAUGAGACAAACAGUUACUAUCAUCAUGGCAAUGGCGGCAGGGAGUGCGAGGAAAUGCCAACAGCAGCAAAGGGUAAUUUAAAUGAUUUAGUUGCAGAUUUGUGUUUAAAUGGUCAUCGAUCGCAUGCUCAAGCCAGUGGUUAUGGUGAUUAUCAAAUGUCAGCUAGAUCUGGAUCCGGAAUACAUGAAGAUAAUGGCUGCCACAAUACAGGUGUAAGUGGUGAUGCGAGUUUUACCUCAAAUGCUGCCUCUUUCACCACAAGCAAUUCUACAUCAACACACAACAUUCAGCCAACAACAGCACCCACCCAGAAUUCAUCGUUUUCCUUUAAACAUUUCCUUAGCAGCAGCAGUGCCCACACUGCCCCCUCCACUACAGUCACAUCAUUGGAUCCGCCACUGAGUGUUAGCAGCAGUACGUCCACAACAUCAUCAAACUCUGUCAUAUCUACAACACGUUCCCUUCAAACAUCAACCGGUGCCCGUCCCAAGGUUCCACAAUCCAAUUCGGUAUCGUCCACCCUAACUGUUAGUGGUGCAACAACAAAUUGCGGUAUGGAUGGUUUGUCGUCGGCGACAAAAAUGAAACGUUCACCACGUUUCUCCUCAUUUGACUCGCAGGCGAGUCUGGCAGAGUAUGCUGGGGCAUCGAACACAGCCGAUUUGCCAGCAGGAGAAGCUUCGUCGGGAGGUGGGGGUGUAGGUAGAUCAUCGGAUUACCGUCUAUAUCCGGAUGAGAGGGAACGUGAUCGAUUUGCAGAAUGGAAUCUCCCCACAAAUACAUCCACAAUGACGACAAAUUCUUCAGAUUAUGAUCGAGGGCAAUAUGUGCCACGUUCUUAUUCAAACUAUGAAAUCCCCAGGCCACAGACCUCGCCACGGCGUCGUGUUGGCAUUGGUGCUAAUCGUGAUUCGAGACCCACCCGUUUAACUUUGAACACUAAUUCAAAUGCGACCAUGGCUGCCAAAUUAAAAUUGGAUUUGCCUAUAAAUCAAAAUAACAGCGGUGGGGGUGGUGGUGGUCCAUCGAGUUCGUCAGGUGCAUCGACGAGUAGAAGAAGUGCCCUAUCAUCACGUCCAUCAGAUUUUCAGCCCCCAAAUCCUUUGCCUGGUGGCGCAGCAGCUGCUGCAGCAUUACCCGAUUUUGUCCAAGAUCAUUGGAUGGAUUCCUGGUACGCUAAUGAUAUGCAUGUCAAUUCACCACCUUCAUCGCCCAUAGCAGCGUUUGCCGAAGACAUGCCAGGCAGCAAUGAUCAGGCUGUGGGUGGUGGUGCCAGGUCACGAAAUCAUGAUAAUGCUCCCUUGCCAGGUCCAGCCGAUAUGGGCGGUUUCAAUAUGGGUUUGCCAGAGCCACCCUCAUCAUCGGUUGGCUCAAAAAUGUUGCCAGAUUUCCUGUCAGACGGCCCCAUAAUACAUUCGUCACAGCGCUUGGCUGAUAUUGCCGCCGGUUUACCAUCAAAUUCAGUUGGUUCCCCGGAAGAGUCAACAUUAAGCACACAACUUUCAAGGUUACGUUCAGAUAAUACCCUAUUACAGCGCGAAUUGGACGAGACACGAGCCACCCUCAGUGAACAGACGGCGAGAGCAAAUAAUUUAGAACGACAACUAUUGGAACAGCAACGUUUACAUAAAUCAGAAACAGAGGAGACACUGGAUAGUAAUAAAAAACAUUCAACAGCCGUACAAAAUCUUGUUACAAAACUUAAACUACAGGUACAACAGUUAACCUCUGAGGUGGAAAUUUUAAGGCGUGAAAGGGAUUUAAUGCGUGAAGAAGGUGCUGUCGGUGGUUGUAAUGUGGCAGCGAACUGUGAUCGAUCGCCUCCUAAUUCAUAUGCAGCUGCUGCUGUAACAAGCAGUAAUCGUGCUGGUACUGCCGGCUCGACGAAUUCAGCAGCUGCAGCGACAACUGGCGGCAGUGGUGGUUUGGGAGGUGGAUGUAUGGGUGUUAGCAGUAGUACAAGUGUGGGUGGAGGCGUGGGUGGCGUUGCGGGUACUUCGGGCGUUAUUGGCCUUAGACCGUCCAGAGCACAACAGUUAUCUUUAGAUUUGCGGAGGGCAGCAUCAAAUGCAGAACAAAACCUGAGGCAACUAUUGGCUGGUGUGGAUAAUUUACGUCAAAUGGCGGCAAAUAUAGAAAAAUCUGAAACUCACAUAGACUACGACGCAAGUCCAGAUUUAUUUUCAGAUUUCAUAGACGAUUGUGAUGAUUAUGAAGAAUAUCCCGGUGGACCGGCUUUAGAAUAAUUAAUUAUUAUAUAAACAAAAAGAAAAAACAAACAAUGAUGCUAAUGAUCAUAACAAUGAUGAUGAAAAUGAUAAUGAUGAGUAAAGUGUAACUCAUACAAAAAACACUACCCCAAAAAUAUAUAUACAUAUUUAAACCAAACAACAAAUUAAAACUAUUUAAUAAAAAAACACAUUGAUAACAACAACAACAACAAAAGAAAAGAAUUUCACUAUUUAAAACAAAAUGGAAAUAAAUAUUAUUAAAAAAAAAAACAAAAA